CCAGACUCUCCCAUUUCGCCCUCCUAUCCCCCCAUAAUGGUCCAGGUUAUCGUCGUCGGUGGUGGUCUCGCGGGUCUCUCGGCCGCCCACACGCUCCUGGAGCGCGGGGCCAAUGUGCUCAUGCUCGACAAGCAGCCAUUCAUGGGCGGUAACUCCACCAAGGCCACGUCCGGUAUCAACGGCGCGGGCACGCAAACGCAGCAGGAGGCGGGGAUCCCUGAUAACGCGAAGCUCUUCUUCGAGGACACCAAAGAAUCUGCCCGCGAACUCGCACGCGACGACCUCAUCAGGGUGCUGACCGGCCGCUCCGGCGAUGCGGUCAACUGGCUCCAGGACAAGUUCGGGCUCGACCUCUCCAAGGUUGCCCGGCUGGGCGGGCACUCGCAGCCCCGCACGCAUCGCGGGAACGCGCAGUUCCCGGGAAUGGUCAUCACCUAUGCGCAAAUGGAGCGUCUCGAGGACCUGGCCCAGGCGCAGCCAGACCGCGUACAGAUCAAGAAGAAGGCGCGCGUGACGAAGCUCGUUCGUGACGGCGAGGCCGUCGUCGGCGUCGAGUACGAGCACAGUGGCAAGACCGAGACCGCGUACGGGCCCGUCAUCCUCGCCACUGGCGGCUACGCUGCGGACUUCACGUCCGAGUCGCUGCUGAAGAAGUACCGCCCCGAGUACUACGACCUCCCCACGACGAACGGCGAGCACUGUACAGGCGACGGGCACAAGCUCGCGCUCGCGAUUGGUGCGAGCGCUGUCGACCUCGAGAAGGUCCAGGUGCACCCCACUGGUCUUGUCGACCCCAAGGAACCGGACGCGAAGGUCAAGUUCUUGGCCGCCGAAGCGUUGCGUGGUGUCGGUGGUCUGCUCUUGGACAACGAGGGCCAGCGCUUCGUCGACGAGCUGCAGCACCGAGAUUACGUCACCGGUAAGAUGUGGGAGAAUGGCAAGUACCCCAUCCGCCUUGUCCUGAACGGUCAAGCAUCGAAGGAGAUUGAAUGGCACUGCAAGCACUACGUUGGCCGUGGGCUCAUGAAGCGAUACGAGAGCGGCGAGCAGCUUGCCAAGGACAUGGGCUUGAAGCCCGAGGCUCUGAAGAAGACCUUCGACACCUACAACGCAGUGGUCAAGUCGAAGAAGGACCCCUUCGGCAAAAAGUUCUUCACGACCGGCGAGUGGAAGUUGGACGACAUCUUCAACGUCGCGAUCAUGACGCCCGUGCUGCACUACACCAUGGGCGGUCUCGAGAUCGACCCCGAGUCGCGCGUGCUGUCCAAGUCUGGAAAGCCCAUCCCCGGGCUGUUCGCCUCGGGCGAGCUUGCUGGUGGUGUGCACGGCGCGAACCGUCUCGGUGGCAGCUCGCUGCUGGGCUGUGUGGUGUUCGGGCGUGUCAGCGGUGACUCUGCAGCGUCAUAUCUGCUGCAGACGAUCGGCCCCUUGGCUGAGAAGGCCGCAGGGCGGUUGGGUGCUGUCGCCGGCCACCUCGGUGGCGAGUCAAGUUCGCAGCCUGCGGCAGUAGCGGCGACGGAGGCGAAGGCAGAGUCGACGUCGUCAGGGUCGGGCAAGUUGUUCAGCGAGGCGGAGGUCGCGAAGCACAACAAGAAGGACGACGUGUGGGUCAUCAUCGACAACCAGGUGCUCGACGUGACGUCGUUCCUGCCCGACCACCCGGGAGGCGAGAAGGCGAUCCUGCUGUACGCGGGCCGCGACGCGACGGAGGAGUUCAACAUGCUCCACGACCCGAAGGUCAUCCCAAGAUAUGCGGCCGACUCGGUUAUUGGCAACCUCAAGAAGUAGACCCGCUGUCUGCCUCUUGUCCGCGCUGUGUAGCUAGCUAUUGCGCCUGAGCGAAAUCCACAAUGACCGCGCAAGCUCGACCUUCUUGUCCUGACAGUACAGUCACUUUCACUGCAUCAUUAUAUGUAUUUGGUUGGUCUUCGCAUAUUGUUUUGUGGAAUGUAUAGUAGCGUUCCAGCCCCUUA